UAAUAUAUUGCUGAUUCUGAUGAUAUGUGUAGUGAUUCAGUUGUGUCCCCUAUCCUGUAGAGGAUCCGGUACUGCAACAUCAAAUUCCAAUCCUUGAUUCGUUAUCCACAAUAACGUAACCUCUUCCCAGGUUUUCUCUUCAUUCCUCACCCGUUGUCCAUGCUAACUGAAUUCAAAUCUCCAACUUCCAACCAACAUUUUCUCACAUUUUACUAAAUGACAACAUUCUCAACCACAGAAUUCUUACCUCGUACACUCCCAUUUCCACUUCAACACACAAAUCGCAAUCCCAACAACACCCUAGUUCCUUCUUGCAUAUCCUCACUUCCCAAUCAAGGUAACAACAACAUUAACAAUAACAACCGUAAAAACCUUUCCGAUUCCAACUUAGUAGUUUCCACCGCUAAAACAAACCCUCAAAAUAACAUCAACCCUAAACACACCCCUUUAAUGAAAGCCUUCCAUCGAUCCUGCAACGCACGCAAGUACAAUGACUCUCUUUACUUUCUCCAACGCUUAGUAAACAAAGGUUACAGACCCACCGCCGCACUCUGCACAGGACUCGUCAAAGCUUUAUUCAGGUGCAGAAAAAUCGACAAAGUCGUUUGGGUCAUGGAAUUGUUGGAGAAAUACGGAGAACCCGAUGUUUAUGCUUACAAUGCAGUUAUCAGUGGGUUCUUUAAAGCCAACCGUGUUGAUUCUGCACACCAAGUGCUUGAUAAAAUGAAAAAGAGAGGUUUUGCACCUAAUGUUGUUACCUACAAUAUUCUUAUCGGUAAUCUUUGUUCUAGAGGGAAACUAGACUUGGCUUUGAAACUUGCUGAUGAGUUGUUGGAAGAGAAUUGUAAACCUACUAUGAUUACUUACAAAAUCUUGAUAGAAGCUACUAUUCUUGAAGGUGGUGUUGAUGUAGCCAUGAAGCUUUUGGAUGAUAUGUUGAAUAGUGGUCUUCAACCUGAUACAAAGUUUAUUUAUAAUUCAAUUAUGAGGGUUAUGUGUAGAGAAGGGUUGGUGGAUAAAGCUUUUGAGUUGAUUAGAAGUAUAAGUGACAAGGGCUAUUAUGUUCCAGAUGUGAUAUCUUAUAACAUUCUAUUGCAGGGUCUUUUGAGUCAAGGGAAAUUGGAAUAUGGGCAGAAAUUGAUGACUGAUAUGGUUUUGAAAGGUGUUCAGCCGAACGUUGUUACCUACAGCAUUUUGAUUAGUUCGCUUUGCCGUGGUGGUAAGGUUGAGGAAGCUGUGGGUUUGUUGAAGGCUAUGAAGGAAAAAGGUUUGACUCCUAAUGCUUAUAGCUACGAUCCGUUGAUUGCUGCAUUUUGUAAAGAGAGUAGAGUGGAUUUAGCGAUAGAGUUUUUGAAUAUUAUGAUCUCUGAUGGUUGUUUGCCUAAUAUUGUGAACUAUAAUACCAUAUUGGCUUCUAUGUGCAAGAAUGGUAAAGCUGAUGAGGCUUUGAAUGUGUUUGAGAAGCUUGGGGAAAUGGGUUGUCCUCCUAAUGUAAGUUCGUAUAACACAAUUUUCAGUGCUCUGUGGAACUUUGGGGACAAGAUUAGAGCACUGGAGUUGAUUUUGGAGAUGCUGAGCAAGGGUGUUGAUCCUGAUGACAUUACUUACAAUUCACUCAUAUCUUAUUUGUGCAGGGAUGCAAUGGUGGAUGAGGCCAUAAGUUUGUUGGUAGAUAUGGAGAGUAGUGAGUUUCAUCAACCUACGGUUAUCAGCUUCAAUACAAUUCUUCUUGGAUUGUGCAAAGUGCGCAGAAUUGAUGAUGCCAUUGAGGUGUUGGCCACGAUGGUUGAUAGAGGAUGUAUGCCUAAUGAAACUACUUACUUGGUAUUGAUAGAAGGGAUUGGUUAUGCUGGAUGGCCAAAUGAUGCCAUGGAGUUGGGUAGUUCCCUUGUUAGUUUGGGUGCUAUUCAUCAACACACAUUCAAACGUUUGUUCAAAAUCUUUCCCAUGCUUAAUGGUGUGAACGAAGAGCUCACUUUAUCAUAUCAUUAAGGACUACAUUGUUUUGUUCAAUUUUACCAGUCACUGGUUAAUUACACCUUUCUGUUUUGAGUUUAAAAGACAAGAUAAUGUAAAUGAGGUAGUUGUGUUGUCUCUUACGAGGAUGCCCUUGUUGUGCUUUCUUGACAGCAAAAAGGUUGUAAUUUGAAUGCCUAAUUAGAUAGACUGACAAUAACUUUUUUUGGUAAAAACUCGUGUAUUACUCGUAAA